AUGUCUUGGUUUUUAGACAUCACAUUUAAACAUGAGACAUUAAAAAAUCAUUGUAAUUAUGUGGCAAAAAAAAAAACAAUAUGGAUGUCGAUUAAUGUUUUCGGAUCCAAAGCGGAUUUACAACUCCACACUCAAAUACACAUGCGAGAAGCAAAACCGUAUAAAUGUACUCAAUGUUCGAAAGCUUUUGCCAACAGUAGUUAUUUGUCGCAACAUACUCGAAUACAUUUAGGAAUAAAACCAUACCGCUGUGAAAUCUGCCAAAGAAAAUUUACACAAUUAUCUCACCUUCAACAGCAUAUUCGAACUCACACGGGGGAUAAACCCUACAGAUGUAAAUUCAGCACUUGUUCGAAAGCGUUCAGUCAGCUCAGUAAUUUACAAUCCCAUUCGAGAUGUCACCAACAGGACAAACCGUUUAAGUGUAAUUCAUGUUAUAAAUGUUUCGUUGACGAAAGUUCACUCCUAGACCACAUACCAAAACAUAAGGAAUCAAAACAUUUAAAGACGCAUAUAUGUCCCUAUUGCGGAAAAAGUUAUACUCAAGAAACGUAUUUAACGAAACACAUGUCGAAACAUUCGGAACGUUCGGACAAACGUUCCCCCAUACUCGGACUCGGAUUGAAUAGAUUAAAUCAACCGGAAUAUUGGAAAAAUUCCGAAUCAUUGGUCGAAGCCAUUGCUAAUCACGACCGUUUGGCGAUCUCGCAAGAAAAUUUGCAAAACCUACAACAUUUCUCCGCUCUCGGAGAGCAUCAUUUGGCGGGUUUGAACAAGCAAAACGAAUUGAGGGAUUCCCCGGAUUUGAGAACUCCUCUCGCGGACACGAUACAACGUUCUCCGACGAUCAAACCCAACGACAUAAAUAAGAAUUACGAAGAGGAAUUGUUGAGAUCGAACAUACCCAACGACAUAGCCAACUACGACGUUAAAAAUAAUUUAAGUAAUAGUGCUUUUACGCCGAUAAAUCAAAUAAAUUACAACGCUAGACCGUACCUCCCAUACGACACGAUUAGUUUUCAAAACAAAGGUUUGCACCUGGAUAUAAAUAAGACUAAUGGUAACAAUUGUGUGAGUUUUCCAAAUAAUCUUAUUUCGUUGCAUCAGAUUCGAAAUUACGCUCAUCAACCGACGAGUUCCGUCAUUAACGACCACGGCGGAGUUCCAGGUCUCAAAGAUAAAUAA